UCUUUGACAUUUCACACCGCGCUUUCGUUGGAACACAAUUAUUAUUUUUAUUUCAAAUUAAUUCUAUUUGAACACAAUUUUAAUUAAAACAAUCAAAUAUGCCGCCCAGCAAUAGGAAAUCACUCUAUCCCGAAUCUUCGGUACCGUACACAAUUUAUAUCAAACCCACUAAAACAGAUGAACCAUUGGAAAACAAUGAAAAAGAUCUUAAACUUGAUCCUAGGCCAACAUUCCUCAAAGUCGGCAUCCUCUCUCAAGUCAAGGGCUCUGCCUACCUGGAGUACGGAAAUACCAAACUGAUGGCUGCCAUACUCCCACCUCGAGAAAUAAGCAAACAAUCUAAGAAAAAUGCCCUAGGAAUUAUUUCAUGUGAUUUGAAAUACGCUCCAUUUGCCACCAUCGAUCGCACCCAGAACCUCACCAAAAAGGAACAAUUCCUCAGUGUGGCCCUGAAAAAAGCGCUCGAACCGGUUAUCUGCUUACACGAGUUCCCCAACUUUCAGAUAGACAUCAUGGUCUACAUCCUACAAGAUGAUGGUUGUGCCCUAAGUUCCGCUAUCAACUGCUGUGGAGCAGCCUUAGCCGAGGGUGGAAUCCCAAUCUAUGAUGUUAUAACCUCAUCGACCAUAUGCAACAUUGGCCAUCAUAUCUUUAUCAAUCCAACUGCUGCCGAAGAAGAACUCGUCCAAAUGAGGGUAGAAAACGGAGAAACAACUCUGGAACACGGUAUCUGUGUCAUCGCAAGCCUGGCGGCCGUCAAUCAAGUUGCCGAAUGUUUCCAGAAGGGCUACAUGACCUACCAAACCAUUGAGAAGAUAACAAACUACGCUCAGGAAAUCAACCAGAGGCUCCUCAGUACUGUUAAGCAUGUUUUGGUACACAAAGUAAAAAACCAUCUCAAGUGAUCAAAUCUUGUCCGAAAAAAUA